AAAAAAAAACAAUUUAUCAAAAAUUAGAGGUUGAGGGACAAUCGAAGAACGUAUUCAUUCACAAAAAACGGUCGGGUCAUCCUUUAGGUUUGCUUUUGAAGUUCGAAAAAAAAAAAAAAAAAAAAUGGCGGUAGUGAGAACCACAGCAAACGUAAUUCUGAGAGGCAUCUUCAAUCCUGCUCCUCUUUCUUCUUCUUCAUUUUCUUUGUCACGAUUGCGAGGUAUCGGUGGGACCCUCAGAUACGCAGCAGUCACAGAGCGUGGAAUCAGCUUUAGCCGCAUUCGAUGCGCCGCCGCGUCGGACGGAAAGAAAGUGUCAUCUCGGCUCGCGCAGGUUCAGCAGCUCUUGCAAGAAGCCGAGGACCGUGCUUUCUCCGCUGAUAUUAACCAGCCCAUCCCUAAAAUCACGCUCGAGCAUGUAACUGUCAAUUUUGCAAGAAGUGGUGGACCUGGAGGUCAAAAUGUCAACAAAGUGAACACAAAGGUGGACAUGCGCUUCAAUGUUGAAAAUGCAUAUUGGCUGAGUGACCGAAUAAGGGAGAAGAUUAUGCAGAUGGAGAAGAAUCGGAUCAACAAGGAUGGCGAGCUUGUGAUUUCUUCAACAAAAACUAGAACACAGAAGGGCAACAUUGAAGAUGCUUUGGCAAAACUUCAGGCAAUAAUUGAUGCUGCGUCAUAUGUACCACCACCUCCUUCGGAAGAGCAAAAGAAGAAAAUUGCAAAGAUGGCUGCUAUUGGGGAGCAGAAACGCCUUAAGAGCAAGAAGGUGCUUUCAGACAAGAAGGCAUUUAGAAGAAGUCGUAACAGCUGGGACUAAUCUUCUACUUUACAAGAUUUUAGUAAUCUGAGAUCAUUAAAUAUGUAAGUUCACUUGAAAUUCAAUUUGGUUGACUAUAUUUGGUUACUUCUUCAAGACUGUGUUCUGUGUAGGAAAUGAGGACAAGUAUUAUCUUUACCAUGAUAUUAGUUGGAGUGGGGAUGAGGGGAGGUGGGUUGCACAUCAGUUGAGUGACGGGAAACUAACCAUGGGCACUUUGGAAACCCCGUCUGAGAUCAGCAUGCUGGAAGGAUGUCGAGACUCGAGAGUACUUUUUACAUGGUCUUGUAAAAAAUACCAAAUGUUUGCCGAGUAAAUAGUCUCUUGAUGUAAGAUGACUGGGGAUAAUGUUCUAUUGAUGUAAGAUUACUUUGUUUUAUAGAGUUUUACACUGAUAUGAUUUAUACAAAUUGAGAGUUUGAUUUGUUUAA